CAAUAGAUUCUGUCGUGUCAAGAACAGAAAGCGUCUUCUUUGUCUUUUUAAUGCGUUAUAUGCUCUGGCCGCGUAUAUACUUCAAGUAGCCAAAGAAGAGUUUGCUGCAAUUGACUGACGAAGCUUGAUGGCUGUGAAAUACCGUUUUCCGUUUGUUAUUUUGAUGUUUUUACUUCGUAUGGAAUCGUGUAUUGGCCAAGUAUGCCAAGGCAACGAAGUGGAGUCGGACUUUUGCUACGCAUAUAUUCUGCCUUCCAGUGGAGCACUUCGCCUUAGCUGGAACGACGCAGAUGCUGAAUGCAAAAAAAUGGGGGCGCAACUUGUUAGUAUUGACGGAACCGAGCUUAACGAUCUUCUUAAAUCGACAUUCAGCAAGUUUGUGAAUGAUCGCUGGUGGAUAGGCAUGUCAAAAUGCGGUGGGUCGUGGUGUUAUCCUAAUGGUUACCCAACAUCGUACACCAACUGGUACACAGGACAGCCAUCAAAUAGCAACGGAAAUGAAAACUGUGUUGAAAUGUGGCCUGAUGGAGUGUGGAAUGACGCACCUUGUUUUGAAACAUAUCCUUUCAUUUGCGAAAAACAUGUAAUAACGCAAAGAAAGAUCAUUGCUGAGCUUCAAAGUCUGAAAAAAGAGGCGGAUGACCUUUAUAGUAAGAAUAUAUCAGACGAAGUACGGAGAGAACGUGCACAAGAGAUUAUAAAGGAACUGACAGAGUUUACAGAUCUUGAUAAAGUGGCGGGAGGAGAAAAUGGCGCUGACAAACAAAUUCUUAGCGACACAGUUGAAAUACUUCAAAAGAUCGUAAACUUAAAUAUUUCUGAUGGCAGCCUUAAAGUAUUAGAUCCUGCCAACAAUAUACUAGAUGAGAGAAAUAACGAAUCAUGGAGAAAUAUUUCAGAAAUAAAUGUCAUUCCAGAUUUGGUAACAACGUUAGAAAAUUACGGACUCCAAUAUGGAGAGGAGAUAAAAAACAACACGAAUGGUUUCAUCAGUCAAAACAGUUCAAACGUACAGUUACGAGUCAGAUACAUUGAAAACACAGGGAAUUUUACGCUUGUGGACAGACGUACAAAUUUCCCCAAUGCAUCCUUCAUCAUCUCGUCUGAUGCAAUCCCUGAGGAGUCUGGAAGUCUUGCUGUUGUCGUCUGGUACAAGACAUUAAAUUCCUUUCUUGGAGAGAAAUUUCACACCAGCGAUGAUUAUGUGAAAGUAAACAGUAAGAUAAUUACUGCAAGUGUUCGACCUCAGUCAAAGAUACUGCAAUUUACACAGCCUGUGCAGAUCAUCUGGGACACAAAUGGAAAGAAUGACGAUGGACAAUGCGCAUACUGGAUACCAGAGUCAGGUGAAAAUAGGUGGAAGACAGAUGGUUGUAUUAGAGUCGAAGAUCAGUCAGGCAGAAAUCGCUCGAUAUGUGAAUGCAACCACCUCACAGCAUUUGCUACAAUCGAUAUUUCAAGAAAUCUGUUAAGUAAAGGUGAAAGAAAAGCUUUGGAGGUGAUAUCCACCAUUGGCUGUUCUCUGUCGCUGAUUGGUGUAUUUCUAACGAUUGCAACAUACGCAUUACUCUGGAAAAGUCUUCAUAAGAAUGUCAAGACCAAUAUUCCAUCCCAAGUCCUCUUAAACCUCUGUGUUGCCAUUGGAAUGACGGAUAUAUUUGCUAUCAUAGCUGGACCUGCACAAAAACACGAGACCACUUGUAUAGUUAUCUCCAUACUACUUUACUUCUCUAUCCUUGCUAUAUUUGGCUGGAUGUUUUGUGAGGGAAUCAUAAUUUAUCUUCAACUGGUGAAUGUUUAUUCGGGUUUGGCUUUGGGAGGUAAACACCUGAAAGCAUUUUACGUUAUUGGUUGGGGAAUCCCAGUUGUUCUUGUGCCAGUUUUAGUCGGUGCAAAUGAUCGAAAAGAUUUCAUAACGGAUCAUGCCUGCUGGUGCCGUGGUGAUGGUGCGUUGUUCUGGAUAUUUGUUUGUACUAUCGUAAUAAUUUUGCUGAUCAACUUGGUAAUCUUUGUUCUGGCGUUAAGAAAUGCUUUAUCCUCCAGCCACGUGGGCACAACUCGUUCAGAAACUGACACAAAGCUAAGAAAAGCAAAAAUUGGUGUCAAAGGUUCCGCUGUUCUGCUUCCAAUACUUGGACUAACCUGGGUGUUUGGUUUGCUUGUGUUCAAUCGUGAUGCGAUUGCCUUUAAAUAUCUUUUCGCGAUAUUUAACUCUCUCCAAGGACUAAUGAUAUUCGUUUUUCAUGUGCUGAUAAAUAAAAAGGUUUACGGAGCAAUUAGCAGCGUAAAGAAAGCUCGAGAUGCAAAGAAAAUGAACAACGUAAAUGCCAGUAGCAGUGCAGUGUGCCCGGGUGACAAGGAAGAAUCUGACUUUUGCUACACGUACAUUUCGUAUCCCAAAACUCAGUUGGACUGGAACGAUGCAGAUGCUGAAUGCAAAAAAAUGGGCGCGCAACUUGUCAGUAUUGAUGGAGAUGAACUUAACGGUUUUAUCAAUUUAACAUUCAGAGAGUCUCCAAAUGCUAAAUUGUGGAUUGGUUUGAAGAGAUGUAAUAUGUUGUGGUGUUAUUUGAAUAAUUACAACGCAACUUAUAGCAAUUGGCAGAAAGACGAACCAAAUAAUUUGGGAGGAAGGGAAGACUGUGUUGAAAUGCGCAAAGAUGGAAGGUGGAAUGAUGUACCAUGUUCUCAUAAGAAAUCCUUUGUAUGUGAAAAACGUAAGAUGCAUUGA